CUAUCUUUUUGGCGGCACAGCCUCGAAAAUUCAAAAAAACUAGAAUUUUCUAAAACUUUUAAAGAUGAAUAUUCUACAUCUGAUUAUCUCUACCAGCUAAGACAUUAUGACGAACGACAGAAUUUUGUUAAAUUUAAAAUAAGUAAUAACAAACUUAUGAUUGAACAUGGUCGAUACCAAAUCGAUCAUUUGCCAAGAGAAAAUAGAUUAUGUCCUUUAUGUAAUUCAAAUCAGGUAGAAGAUGAGAUUCAUUUCCUCUUUCAAUGUAACAAAUACUCAGUACAGAGACAGGCAUUUAUUAAUCAAAUCAAUCGAAUAAUACCUGACUUUGACAAGAAAUCAUCUCCAGAAAGCAUAAAAGUGAUAAUGAAUUCGAAGGAACAUCAUGUAAAUAAGUUAGCUAUGAAGUUUGUUUCCUCCUGCAUGAAAAUACGUAAUUCAUUGUUAGUAAUGUAACCGAAUUUUUCUAGAUUAUUAUUAGUGCUGUUUUGUUUUAUAUUUUGAUUGUCAUAUACAUGCUUUUGCAAUACUGUAAAAUGAUGCGGUCAUGCAAAUAAAGCAAUUUAUUACUACUAUUACUACUACUACUACUACUACUACUACUACUACUACUACUACUACUACUAUUACUACUACUACUACUACUACUACUACUGCUGCUGCUGCUGCUGCUGCUGCUGCUGCUGCUGCUGCUGCUGCUGCUGCUGCUGCUGCUGCUGCUGCUGCUGCUGCUGCUACUACUACUACUACUACAACUACAACUACAACUACAUCUACAACUACAACUACUACUACUACUACUCCUCCUCCUACUACUACUACUACUCGAUAAUGAAGUGAAGUAAAUACUCUAUAUUGAAUACAUAUAUUGUUAAAAAGUCUUAAGUUACGGAUCAUUUUUUGAUUGACGUCAUUGUUACUUGAUUAUCUCCAAAUAUUUAAAUGAUCGAAAUGAUAAACUUGUUACGCACUUAAUAUUUCCAACAAGUUUCAGUGCUAGGAUAUAAUAUCGUAAGCCCAGCCCUAAGGGAACUGAUGAAGUAUUUAACAUAAGCUGGUCGUAAACUGGUCGAGCGGGGAAUAUUGAGAUAUAAUGUAUUUAAACCUCAGCCUGUGGUAAGCCUCCUUUUUAAUAACCCAAGUCAAGAUUAACUGCAGCGCUGUACAGUGGAACCUCGAUAUAACCAAGGCCCAAGGGACUGGCAAAAUUUGUUCGCUAUAACGAGCUUUCGUUAUAUCUAGGUUCUUUAAUUCAUAUAUUUGACUAUUACCAGGGUAAAAAAAAGUUUUCGUUUGCCGAGGACUUCGUUAUAUACAGGUUCGUUAUAUUGAGGUUCCACUGUAUAGAAAUACGGGAACAAGUUUUCACUGUGAGAAAUUCCCUCCACUAGGAACCGCAGGAGAUUCCCUUACCUGGCACAGCGGAAUGCAGUUCACGACACGUGACCGGGAUCAUGACAAAUCCACUGAUGGAAAUUGCGCACAGUUCUAUAAAGGAGCUUGGUGGUAUAAUGCGUGCCUUUCUUCAAAUCUGAAUGGUGUAUAUUAUCACAGACAGCAGACAACCUAUGCUGACGGCGUGAACUGGAAGACCUGGGGAGGGCUUUAUUACUCCGCGUCACGAGCUGAAAUGAAGUUACGACCAACGGGUUUCAAAGGAAGGCAUUAACCUAAAUAUCACUCAAAUUGGGAUGGACAUAACCUUUUGAGAUGUGAUUUCUUUUUUUGUCAUGUUGUAAUUUUUCCUCUCUGAAAUUAAGUAUCACUCCAAGGUUUUCCGUGAGCAUUUAUUGUGGUCUUCAAAAGACGUGUUUAUUUCAGCAGCAAAUUUCAAAGAGACGUUUUUGAGCGACGCGCGUCAACCGGAAGUAAGGACUUUUCCCUUUAAGUAUGCCUCGAUGUUACCAAGUUUGUAUUGCCGAGUGUCUUCACUCUUAUAGAGACAAUUUGGCCAAAAAACACUUCUCAAGAAUGCAAAAAGUCCACUUCCAGUCGUCGUGCGUCACUCAAAAAAACCUAAUUGCUUGAGAUCCCUCAUGCGAAUGAAGAGAAUUUGUUCACAGUUCACAGCAAGUGACGUAGUCUUCUGAAAGUAUGUAAGAAAAAAAUGACCGCUAGAAAGAUAAAUACGAAAAAAAAAUUGUCAAAUAAACACAGUUCAAUAGUGAUGAAUAGUGAUGAAUCAGAAAGUGGGCAUCAAGUUUAAGACUUGCGUCCAUGAAUGAAACCCCACCCCAACUCCUCAGUUUGUAAAUCGACGACAAAGAAGACUUAUAAAAGGUUAAGCCUUUUCGGAAAUUUCAAAGACUCAUGCCCACUUAAGUCUCAUUUUCUGCAAAGCCUAUGUCUCUCGGGAAAGAAUGUUUACGAAUUGCGUUUAUUGCUUGAACUAAGUGAUAGAAGUCACGUUGCAAUAAAAGUUGUAAUGUCACCAGAAAAA